CUUCUUCACUAAAGUCAUCGCUCCUGAUGUCAUUACAAGACAACGAUAAUCUAACCAUGAAUUCAACCUCUCAACUUUACAUACAAACUAUAUGCAUAGGUGCGUGAAAAAUUGACUCCAAAAUCUUCAAUCCGCUAAAACUUAAAACACAAGUGAUAUUAGGCUCAAAAGAUGGGAUGGAUUGGAGAUCAAAUCGAUUCUAUCAAAUCAAUGCAAUUCAGACAAUUAUUCACUCAAGCCAUUAGUCUUGGUAUGAUUGUUACAUCUGCAUUAAUUAUAUGGAAAGGUCUAAUGUGUGUUACUGGUAGUGAGUCGCCCGUUGUUGUUGUGCUAUCUGGAAGUAUGGAACCUGGUUUUAAAAGGGGUGAUAUACUUUUUUUACAUAUGAGUAAGGAGCCUAUUCGAGCUGGAGAAAUUGUGGUGUUCAAUGUUGAUGGGCGGGAAAUUCCAAUUGUUCAUCGAGUGAUUAAGGUUCAUGAGCAUGAAGAUGGAGAAGUUGAUGUCCUUACAAAAGGUGACCACAAUCCUGGAGAUGAUAGAUCUUUAUAUGCUCAUGGUCAGAUGUGGUUGCAACGACAUCAUAUUAUGGGGAGAGCUGUCGGGUUUUUGCCUUACGUUGGAUGGGUGACAAUUAUAAUGACGGAACAGCCCAUCAUCAAGUAUAUUCUAAUUGGUGCUUUGGGAUUGCUAGUAAUAACUUCAAAAGAAUAGAAGAAGCAUCUAUAACAGAAUGAUAUAUUUAAUCAGUGUAGAACAAUUUUCAUGUUGUGUCAUUUAUUUUGUGGACAAGCUUCAAUAUAAACUUAGUUUGUGUUGUGUCUUGUGUGUAUGAUGUAUGCCAUAGGAAUUACUCAAGAUGCCAGGAGAGCGAAAAUUUUCAAGCUAAGAUCCAAAUGCCCACUAAGGCCGGUUAUAGCAGUCCUAAACGAGCGUCUUUGAGCCUAACUGCCUAAGGACAUGGACGAUCAUUGACAGCCAUCUUCUUGUUUCAUGCGUCUUCAACAUUAGUCUUCCACAAGAAUAGGGGGACGCUCCAAGUGGGUCCAAACAUCAAUAUUUUAACUUUUUUUUUUGUUUUAUAUAUGAGUGAGGUAUAUAUAGGUGUAUUUGUGUGACAUAAAUUAUAAUUAAUUAAUGAUGUGACGAAGAAGUUUCAAGAAGUUGUCCUUA